UCUAUGGAAGCCAUCACAAUUAAGAACAAGAGCUUCCAGAGUCCAACCAUAGUCAAUAAAUCAACUACUGUUUGGACAUUGUGCCUGUUUGUCUGUGGUAGCAGCCUUGGACAGUGAAAACAAGCUUUUUGUCCUGGAGGUUGAUCGUACUUGACCCUUUAACCCAUUAAACAAGAUAUGGCAUCGUUCAGAUGUGCUAUGAGAAUAUCGGAUUUGCUCCUCGAGAGCACGGUGGAGAAGCUCUUGUUGAGCCUGGACGAGAAUAACCUUCGAGCUCUCUCCGAAAAGCUAGGAAAUGAUGCUCCCAGUCCAGAGGAGCCAUCACACAGGCUUGCAUAUUCCAUAUGGUAUACCUUGUAUUUCCAUACCAAAGAAACUGCAGAUCUCAAUCAUGCCAUCAGGAUUGCAGAAGUUACUCUUGUGUUGUUGGCUGCCGGUAGUGAUAAAGAAACAACAAGUGAGCAGGCUUUGACAGAAAGCAACCUGAGCUGCAUGCUGGACUCGAAAUUUGAUUAUGGUGGACAGGCAAUGGACCUCGACCAAGCUAUUUGUCGAGCAGAAUCAGCUCUCACUAUUGCGUCCCCUUCUGAUGCGCAUGUUUCAAAGUUUCGAGAACACUUGAACAAACUCAAAUCCAAAAAGGACACUCUCUCAGAGACCUUCUCAAGUCUUGACUCGGAGAACAAAUGGCAAAUGCCCAGCUAUAUAUUUGGAAGCAAGCUGCUGUGUAUGGGUUACCUGAGGGAUUCUUAUAUCGCAUCUGGCGAGAUACACGCCGCAAUCCAGUUUGCGCGGAUGGCGGUGGCAGAGACACCCCAACGACAUCCAGAGCGGUGUGAUAAUCUGCACAAACUAGGAGAUUUAUUAUUUGGGAGCGCUAUUUACAAGAAGAUUUUUGAGUAUGUCCAGGAAAGCAUUGAUUGUUUCCAGGAGGCCGCGAGAAUUUCCGUCGGGACUUCGGACCACGCAAUCUGUCUGCUACAGCUCUCCGAGACGUGGGCAUUGAAGUAUUCAUGGGAGAAAGACAUCAGCUAUGUCGAGAACUCGGUGAGUGCCGCAAGACAGGCUCUUCAGUGCAUACCCGAAGGCCACGAGCAGAGAGCGAAGUAUCUGUGUUGUCUUGGGACAAAGCUGAGAGGCCGAUACGAAAGGACAUCAUCACCAGAAGACGUCGAAGAAGCAUACCGCACGCUCAACGAAGCGUUUUCCUUGGACAUACUCGAAAAAGGAGUGAGGUUGAAUUGCGGCACACAACUUGCAACAGUCUGUGUUAGGAAGUACGAAAUCACGAAGGACAUAACAUUUAUCAACAAGGGGAUUGAGACCUGCGAAAGCCUUGUCAAUGAAGACAAAUCGUCUUCUGAGGCAGGAGAAUGUAUGCACGUGCUAGCACAGCUUCAUCGUAUGAAGGUUGACGUGACUGGAACUCACUCGAAGAGCGAGACGGACAAAGCAGUCGAGUUUGCCCGAAAAGCUGUGGACGCUCUUGCGGAAGGUCAUCAAGGCCGGCCAAACCGAGAAGCUAACCUCGCGAGGCUCCUUGCGCGAAGAGCCAAACUUUUCCACAGCAUCGAGGACGGUGUAGAAGCCCAAGAAAUCGCUUGGGAAGUCCUCAUCAGUACUACCGACACAGACACCACCAGAGCAGGCAUUCUCGAUAUUUUGAUCGAGUUCGAGUCUGCGAGAUACCGACAGGAAAAUGAAGUUGUUUGCCUUGAGCUUCUUCUGGAAUUUGCUCAGAAUGCCCUGGAUGAAGCCUCACCGAACAAUAGGAACUACUCAUCUCAUAUCAACAACGUUGCAUAUCUUCGGACCUUGUCGGGAGAAGUAUCAAAAGAUCCAAAUGAGAUCGAAAGUGGCAUAAAUCUGUUGGAGUCUUUUAUUCGAAAUGGCCAAGAUGACGGUCAUAGAGGCAAACAGCUUGACAACCUUGGAUUUCUACUGGAAAAGAAAUAUGAGAUGACUCGGGACCGCAGUGAUUCGAAAAGAGCCAUCGAGGCACUUAUCGAAUGCGGAGAAACGCCAGCCAUUGAUGCUUGGACGAAGGUCGACGUAGCCUAUCGAGCAGCCAAGUUAUACAUCAAAGAUCUGACUUGGGAUGCUGCAAGCUCGCUUUUGGAAGAUGCCGUGAAACUGCUUCCCAAGGUUAGCCCACGUCACAUUCAACAUAAGGAUAAGACCUACAAUCUGGCCAGGUUCGGCGGUAUGGUCUCUCUGGCAAUGUCAGCAGCUCUUCAAGCUGGGCGGUCAGGCAAGAGAGCACUAGAGAUUAUUGAGCAUGGCCGAGGAGUAAUACUUGGAAUGCUAUAUGAUGCUCGAUCGGACAUAGCUAGGCUGAGGAAAAAAAGACCUGAUCUAGCAAAAGCGUUCGUGGAGUUGCGAGACAAGCUGGAUUCACCAGUAUCGAGCGAUCCUGAAGCUCCCGAGACCCAUGGUUCUUUGAAUCCUUUUCUGGCACGAGAGGCACUACAGACAGAAUUUGACAAGGUGGUUAAAGAAAUCCAGGACGAUCCGGACUUUCGGAGAUUCCUUGAACCAACCACAGCUGAAGAAUUAAUGGCAGCGUCUGAAUCUGGAACAAUUAUAGUCGUCAGUGCUAGCGACUCUCAUAGCCACGCGCUGGUAGUGACUCCAAAUGAAGUAGUCCCAAUCAGCUUGCGUGGUUUUCGUCUUUCCCAAAUUCAGUAUUGGGCAGGCAAGCUCAAAGCGAAAGAUGUGACGCGAGGACAGAUGUACGGAAUGCUUCGGUGGCUAUGGAGAUUCCUCGUCGCUCCGAUCCUCAAUUCGCCAAUUGUUAUCAAAGCAUCAGCAGGUGAGGUAAAGCCGCAUAUCUGUUGGGUCCCAGUUGGAGCCUUGUGCGCCUUGCCUAUCCACGCCGCAGGCAACUAUUCCAAAGCAGGUCCAUUGGAGGAGUCGGCGCUGAGGCGAGCCAUUUCCUCAUAUAGCCCGUCCAUCAAAGCGCUGUUAUAUAUUCAACACAGCAGACGUGAAAUGGACGUAGGCUGCCGCACCGAUAGAGUGUUGCUUGUCUCCAUGGAAAAGACGCUCGAUUGUCGGGACUUGCCUUACGCACGACAGGAAGUUGAUCUCCUCAAUGAGAAUCUUCCAUCAGAGGCAACGCUUAUCAAGAACAUGCCGCUCAAGAAAGACGUCAAGGAGGCUCUUCCAGGUUCGAGUAUUUUUCAUUUCGCAGGCCAUGGUAUAUCGCAUCCGCUGGACCCAUUGAAGAGCUCUCUGCUUCUGAAGGAUUGGAAAGAUGAUGCCCUCACCGUGGAAGACUUAAUGACGCUGAACUUAGAUGAGAGUCCGCCUUUCCUGGCCUAUCUCUCAGCCUGUUCUACGGCAGUCAUCAAAGACCCGAAGCUGAUCGAUGAAGGGAUUCAUCUGAUGAGUGCUUUCCAACUUGUCGGAUUCCAUCAUGUAAUUGGGUCCUUGUGGGCGCUCUCGGACGAGCAUUGCGUCGCUGUUGCGGCAGAUGUAUAUGAUGAAAUCAUGAAGUCGAAUAUGAGUGACGACUCUGUACCGUGUGGGUUGCACAACGCAGUUACUCGCCUGUCAGAAGGAAAAUUUCUCAGUAAUCGGCAUGUUGAACUUAGGGAGGUAGAUGAGGAUGAGGACGACUUGGCUUCCUGGGAUCUUUCAGUCGGUGAUCCUCGUAUAUGGGCAGCAUAUAUUCAUAUGGGGUUGAGAAAUGUACCCGAACCACGUGCCCCGAUUGACGAGGCACAAGUUUCUCAGACUUGAAUAGAUACCUAGCUUUCGAGAUAUAUUUUAUCAUCUAUUAGAAUUAGA